GGGACCCGAGCUGCUCGUAGCCAAUGGGAGCGGUGGAGCGGCUCGAGCGCGGCUGACGCUGCACCAAUGGGCGAUCGUGGGGGGCGGGGGCAGCGGAGGAGACACUAUUGUUGAUGAGGAGCGGCGGCGGCGGCGGCGGCGGCGGCUGCUGCACCACCUCGUUGCUGCCUGCCCCGGCCCGGUCGCCCCCUGCACCCCGGAGUCCGGCUUCGUCACCCCGUCUCGGAGGGCCUGCCCUCCGGCCUCGAGAAUCCUCCCCCUGCAGCCCAACAACAAAACCCCCCGUCUCGCCCAGUCACCGGGGAGGGGGGGACCAUGUCCCAGCGGGUGAGGCGCAAUGGGUCCCCCACGCCGGCCGGCUCCCUUGGGGGUGGUGCGGUCGCCACGGCCGGGGGACCCGGGAGCCGCUUGCAGCCCAUGAGGGCGACGGUUCCGUUCCAGCUGAAGCAGCAGCAGCAGCAACAUGGCAGCCCCACGCGGAGCGGCGGCGGCGGCAACAACAACGGUGGCUGCUGUGGUGGCGCCUCAGGCCCCGCAGGCGGCGGCGGCGGCCCGCGCACCGCCUCGCGCAGCACCAGCCCCACGCGCGGCGGGGGGAACGCGGCCGCGCGCACCAGCCCCACGGUGGCCACGCAGACGGGCGCGUCCGCGACGUCCACGCGAGGCACCAGCCCCACGCGCGGCGCCGCGCCUGGAGCUCGCGGGAGCCCCCCACGGCCGCCGCCGCCGCCGCCGUUGCUGGGCACCGUGUCGUCGCCCAGCUCGUCGCCCACCCACCUGUGGACCGGCGAGGUGAGCGCGGCCCCACCCCCAGCCCGCGUCCGGCAUCGGAGGAGGUCUCCUGAGCAGAGCCGAAGCUCGCCGGAGAAGAGGAGCCCCAGCGCCCCGGUUUGCAAAGCAGGUGACAAAACACGACAGCCUUCUUCAAGCCCCUCCAGUGUUAUCCGACGCACUUCCUCCCUGGAUACUCUUGCUGCACCAUAUCUUGCUGGACACUGGCCUCGGGAUAGCCAUGGGCAAGCUGCACCUUGCAUGAGGGACAAAGCUACACAGACAGAGAGUGCAUGGGCUGAAGAAUACUCUGAAAAGAAGAAAGGGUCUCACAAGCGCUCAGCAUCUUGGGGCAGUACAGAUCAACUUAAGGAGAUUGCAAAAUUACGCCAGCAGUUGCAGAGAAGUAAACACAGCAGUCGGCAUCAUCGAGAUAAAGAAAGACAGUCUCCAUUUCAUGGCAACCAUGCGGCUAUUAACCAGUGUCAGGCUCCGGUUCCAAAGAGUGCACUUAUUCCUGUAAUUCCCAUCACCAAAUCAACAGGCUCCCGGUUCCGGAAUAGCGUGGAAGGAUUGAAUCAGGAGAUUGAAAUAAUAAUUAAAGAGACUGGGGAAAAGGAAGAGCAACUUAUACCGCAAGAUAUUCCAGAUGGCCAUCGUGCUCCACCCCCCCUUGUACAGAGAAGUAGCAGCACGCGCAGCAUUGACACGCAGACCCCUGGUGGGGCAGACAGGGGAAGCAACAACAGCAGCCGUUCCCAGUCCGUGUCCCCAACAUCGUUCCUCACCAUUUCCAAUGAAGGUAGCGAGGAGAGUCCUUGCUCAGCUGAUGACCUGCUUGUUGAUCCCAGAGAUAAAGAGAAUGGGAACAAUUCUCCUUUGCCCAAAUAUGCAACCUCACCAAAACCUAACAACAGUUAUAUGUUCAAAAGGGAACCUCCUGAGGGCUGUGAAAGGGUCAAAGUCUUUGAGGAAUGCUCGCCAAAACAGCUUCAUGAAAUCCCAGCCUUUUAUUGUCCUGACAAAAACAAGGUGAAUUUCAUUCCUAAAAGUGGAUCUGCUUUCUGCCUCGUCAGCAUCCUCAAGCCACUCCUUCCUACCCCGGAUCUUACACUCAAGGGCUCUGGCCACAGCCUGACAGUCACCACUGGCAUGACAACCACUCUGCUGCAACCUAUUGCUGUGGCCUCCCUGUCUACAAACACAGAGCAAGACCGAGUCUCUCGAGGAACAAGUACAGUCAUGCCACCAGCUUCUCUACUCCCACCACCAGAACCAAUUGAGGAAGCUGAAGGAUAGGUCACAGUGCAAUGUGGCUGUUGUUCUGGGAAAUUGGGAACCUCCUCAGAUCACUGGAUUCUGAUGGCAUCGUGCGCUUCUGGUCGGCUGUGAUGUGCUCCAGCUUUCCAGUGACAUGUGACGGUGAGGCUUCUGGAAGAAAGGAUCCGCCGUGACGGCUCUGCCCCACUUGUGAACGCCACCCCUCAGUGCUUAGCCUGCUUUUUAUCAAAGCACUGAUUGAAACAAGAAAGGUCUCAUUCUUUACCUUUGGAGAGACAAUAUCACGUUUUUGUUUUCGAAUUAGACUUCUUUAAAACACACACACACACACACACACACACACACACACCCCUGAUCCUUGCCAACAUGAUUCCUAAAGGGAGAUGUGACUGAUGCUGCAAGAACCAUCUUUUCUAUGAAAAUGACUAUUUUAUAAUAUACCAAUGUUACAUUUUCUGAAACAUAGCAAACAGGAUAUUCAAAAGAUUCUUUGGUGGCCUCUGUUUCUUGUUCCCUUUCUAGAUGUGUGCUUUUCUCAGCUGUUUUCAGCUUUGGGACCAAAGGGAUUGUUGACGUUUUCCCAGCAAUCUUAAUCUCAUGACUAUGUUCUUCUCCCAAACAAGGAUUGAUAGGUAAAUGCAUCGAACAACUAUAUAUAAAAAAAGAUUAAAAAGCAAUAUUCGUACAUUACGUGAUUUAUGUUUUUGAUGUCAAAAGUUUGUGCUUUGGGUGAAAUAUUUGUAUAACUGCUGUUUUCUUCACUACUCCUGUACACAUUUCACCAUGUGGUCAGAAAAGUUGUAGUCUGAAGACAAGUGCUUUAAUAUGUUCUCACCCAUGUUGGAACUUGAUUUAGAAGUCGGUGAGCCAAAAGGAAACUAUCCAGUGUUGAUUGCUAGCUAAGAGUAAGGAGCCCCUUUGGUUUUCUGUGAUAUAUAUAUAUAUAUAUAUAUGUGUGUGUAUAUCACACGCUCUUCCUCCUUCACCACAGGUGUCAUUCUGCCUUUAAUCAUCACUGUAUCAUAGCCCCAAAGAGAUCCUGAAAUGGCUGUGCAUGGAUUUCCUCCUUUGCCCUUGUGAUGUUGUUGUCUUGUGGAUUUGGUUGGGCUAGUAGUUUGCCAGGAGUGUAAUCCAGUGGAUAGUGAUCCAAACUGUAGCCGCAGAAUCCUGUGACUGACAUUUUUCUUUGUGGUGGUGGUUGGCCCUGAGAUUUGUUGCCUACAGAUUUUGCUAAUUUACCCCCUAAUGCUCCACAUAGUGGGGAAAAUAGACCAGAAAUUGAGUAUGAACGAUAAGCACCUUUGAAAACUCCAUGCAGUUUUGGAUUUGGGCUCAUCCUAAUAUAAAUCACUGCCAGUAUCACAUGACAUCAGUAUUUGAUUUCUGGGUAUGUGGUAGUGAGAUUAAGGAGCUGCUUUUUUCUUUUUGAGACGGAGUUUCACUCUUGUUGCCCAGGCUGGAGUGCAAUGGCGUGAUCUCGGCUCACUGCAACCUCUGUCUCCCGGGUUCAAGCAAUUCUCCUGCCUUAGCCUCCCAAGUAGCUGGGAUUAUAGGCAUGCACCACCACACCCAGCUAAUUUUGUAUUUUUAGUAGAUACGGGGUUUCACCAUGUUGGUCAGGCUGUUCUCGAACUCCUGGCCUCAGGUGAUCUGCUCGUCUUGGCCUCCCAAAGUGCUGGGAUUACAGGUGUGAGCCACCAUGCCUGUCCAGGAGCAGCUCUUUUUAAAAGUGAGUUUCAGCAAACAGUAUUGAAUAAAAGCAUCCUUUUCAUUUCUUCAUAUACUACUUUAUGUUGCAAUAAUUUACUGUUCCUGUACAUAUUAUAAGGUAGAAAAAAGUUUUUAAAUCCUUAUAAAGAGGAUACAGUUUAGAAGGUUAAUAUGUCAGCUUACCCAGACAUAUUCUAUCAAGGAAAACCUAGUGGCAGCAAUAAAUCUUCGGAAAGGACUUCUUAUACUCAUGUACCUUUAAAACAUCUAAGCAAUUUAAAAUAAUCCCUGUUGAGUUUAAAUUCGAGAUGCAUUUAGGUAAAUCAGAUAAAUUCAAACAUUUGAAUAAAUCUGUCAGGUUUUAGAUGGUAGGAUUGAUGAACUUUGGUACUUUCUCAAUCCAAAACUAUUUGGAACUAGUACGUUAUGGCUUCUCAGUCAUUAAAAGCUCAGUUAUUUGGGGUCUACAUUUUCUCACUGAGAGCCUUGAUAUUUUGCCUCCUUUGUUAUGCAUUAUAACUUGACUGUGUCACCACUGAGUAUCUACUGUAUCAGAAGUUCAGAAGAAAUGGUAAAACUGAAAUCAGAAUGGGGGUAGAGGAAGUUAAAAAGAAGUUAUGUAAAAAGAACUCUUGGUUUUUGGAUGACUUGAAUUCUGUUAAAUCUGUAUUCUUGACCUUGCACUUCCGUUCCUCUUCCAUCUCUAUCCCUGCCAGUCACAAUGGCAUUUUAGAACUAGAAUGCCACUCUGUAGAGGUUUUCCCUUUUGCUCUGUUGUGCAUAUUUGUCUAAUUCAUAUCUUUCUGUGGAGUUUCAUGUAUCCUUAAUCUAAAAUAACUUGGAAUGGAAGAACAAGUUUCAGAAUUAUUUACAGUCUUAUAAAUAGAACUUAUAGUCUAAUGUUUGGUUGUAAGGAGAAUGUGAAUUUGCAGGUAAAUGAAUUGUAUGGCAACCAGACAGAUCCCUGGGGUUUGGGAGAAAUAGAGCUUGAGAUUUGAAAAAAAGGUACAAGGUACAAAACAACUCUAACUGCCAGUGCCAAAGGGCUAAUUUUUAAGCAUGUAAGCUUUAUUACAGUCUUGAAAAAAUAUUAACCAUAGGUUCAUUCAGCUGUUUUAUUUAACCCUUAGUUCCUGGUGGUUGAUUUUUUUUUUUAAUGGGUCUCCAGCUUUCCAGUGAAAUGUGACACCCUCAAUAGAAUGCAUAAUGUUGGUUUCUAAAAUUACACUCCAUAAUUAUUGUUAUUCUGUAGAAAACUGUACAGAAGGUAAAUAGAAUAGCUUCAAUGGGAAUAUAAUUUAAAAUUUUUUAAUUUUAUAAAAAUUUACUUCCAUUGCAUUAAAAGAAAUGGGUAGCAUGUGUCUUUCAGAGAAAGGAACUAUUUGCUUAUUCACUUUGUCAAUCUUAGGUUUUUUUAAUCUUGAAACAAUUUCUUCUUUGUGAUGAUAAAAAUUAUAUAAAUUUACUGUUUCUGAUCAUGACUGAGUCUAUUACUUGUCAUGGCUUUUGUAAGCAACUGUGUUUUAAAAAUACCGGUUUUGCCUCUUUGGUUACAUGUGGUGAGCAUGCAUGUCAAGAUUAUUUUUCAACUAGAUUAUUCAAUUUGUUUUAUAUUUCUUAAUACUUAUGACCACAGUCCAAAUCAGUCUUUUAGAAGGUGCUCUUGCUAACUGUGGAAUAUUUGACGACAUGAAAGUCCUUUUUCUUUGCUUUCAGUUGUUGGCUUUCACCGAAAGAAAGUGUAAAAAAAGGCAGAAUUUAUAGCUUUCACUAUGUCCAAGACUAGGACUGGGUUAUAAAGAUUUUCUUUUGUGAAGGAAAAUAAAAGAAAAUUUGCCACUACUGCAUUUACUUUACUAUUGUAAACUUAAGGUUCAUUCCUUAGUCUUUGGAAUUUUGAUGUCUCAAAACCAGAUGAGUGGAAGUGUUGAAUUUGCAAAAUAAAGCUAAGAAUGCUUAACUCCGCACUUUUAAGUUUUACUCUGACCAAAUUGAUGAUGAGCAGAGCAGCCCUGAACAGCAUUUUGUUUAUACAGUCUUGUUUAAGAAUAGAAUUUUUUUAACUCUUCAUUUUUUGUCUCUGUGGAAGCUGUGUAACUCUUUUUAAAAUGCAAUUUAAAACAUUUUGUUAUUCUAACAAUUCUCUCAAAAAAACAGCAUUUCCAAUGGUAAUCGGUAUUGUUACGCUGUACUUAUGUAUUCCCAGUACCUGAACACUUGUUGCUGCCUCACAAGAAAAUAGAACUUUUAUGUUAAAAAUAAAGUCUGUUCUUCUUGA